AUGCGGCGCGCGACUGCGAUAAAAAACGCGGCGCUCGGGAAACGUGCAUACAUUAGUGAGCGAGACGGCGGCGACGCCACGCCCUCCCGCGAGCGUAGCAACGCCGCCCGCCGCCCGCCACACGUCGCCCGCCUCGAGCGGUGGUCACCGUCCGACGGCCACCGUUCGACCGGCUUAGCACCAACAGUUGCAAGAAACCGAACGAGCGAGUCCCGCGCGUGGCUGCACUACCCAGCCUCGCGGCUGCAGCGGCUGCUGCGCAGCGAGUGCCCGCCGCGCGCAGGUGAC